CUGAAAUCAAACAAUUUCCGGAUUGAACCGAGAGCCAGUCAGUCACGGAUGGGCAUUGGAAUUUGCAAGCACCAAGAAAACUCCAAAUUUUCCUGUUUAACUUCAUCUUAUAUCACUUGGAUUUUCGCAAUGAUCAUGUUGCUGUACAAAUGGUGUCAAUCGUUGCAGUUUUCGCUUCCACGUACCAGAUAAACUGUUCACGGGUGGCUUACCAAAUUCACCUAUAUAAUCGUUACGGCAAACCCCUCAAUAUACCCAAGGAUAAACAGCAACUUCAAUUGAACUCUAAGUCAUGGGUUCUAAGGUUCCGACCAUGUUCUUCAUAUUCAUGCUUUUCAUGGUGAUAUCAUUGCCGCCCCUUUAUGCUUGUGUGUCUUGUACUCAGCCACAUCCACCGACGCACCGCCCAACUCACCCAAAAGUUCCCCAUCCGAAACCACCAACCACCAAGCACCCACCACAUAAAUGCCACCCACCUUCAAAAAACCCCCCAUUGCCACCGAUAGUACUACCCCCAAUAAUCAUUAAUCCUCCCCCAGUAACAAACCCUCCUGUAAUUAUAACACCGCCACCUUCUUCAGGCUACCCACCGUACAUAGGUGGUCCUCCGGGAGGAGGUGGAGGUGGCGGUGGUGGUGGAGGAGGAGGAGGAGGUGGUGGUGGUGGCGGAGGAGGAGGAGGAGGUGGUGGUGGUGUUUAUCCUCCACCUACUACUCAACCAACUUGUCCAAUCGAUGCACUUAAGCUAGGAGCUUGUGUGGAUGUUCUAGGAGGUUUGGUGCAUAUUGGGUUGGGGAAUCCAGUUGAAAAUGUUUGCUGCCCUGUACUUAAAGGAUUACUGGAGCUUGAAGCAGCAAUUUGUCUUUGCAUUACUUUAAGGCUUAAACUCCUAAACCUCAAUAUUUUCAUUCCUCUUGCUCUUCAAGUCCUAAUAACCUGUGGAAAGACUCCACCUCCUGGCUUUGUUUGUCCUCCUCUUUGAACUCCAUUAAUAAUUGGGUGAGUUAUGGACUACGAGUUAGUUAAUUAAAUUGUAUCUAGUUUGUUUUCGUGUUAGGGUUUUUGUUUGCGUUGUGAUACUUGAAUUAGGGUUUCGUUAUUUCGCAGUGCUUAACUGUUUGAUUAUCGUCGUUUCUGUGUCACUUUGAACUAAGUUCUUUCUUCAAUAUUAUUGUUUAUUUUUGUUGU